AUGGCCGCUGCCGCUCCACCGUCGAGCUUCAGUUCACCUGUGCUGGAUCCCGUGUUGAGCGCGUCCUCCGACCGCCUUUUUUUCUUCCCUAUCAAGUAUCCUGAUAUAUGGGCGUUCUACAAGAAAGCACAGAGUUCCUUCUGGAUUGCCGAGGAGCUCGACUUUUCCAGGGACUUAGAGCAUUGGCGCUACAAACUUACUGGCGACGAGCGCGACUUCAUCUCCCACAUUUUGGCCUUCUUCGCGGCUUCCGACACCAUCGUCAACGACAACUUACUCGAGCGGUUUUCUCGCGAGGUGCAGCUGCCAGAAGCCCGUUGCUUUUACGCUUUCCAGGCCAUGAUGGAAAAUGUACAUUCUGAAGUUUACGCGCUGCUUAUCGACACCUACAUCCAAGAUGCUCAGGAACGUGUACGCCUCUUCCGUGCCAUCGAAACUAUUCCCUGCGUGCAGCGUAAGGCUGAAUGGGCCCUCCGUUGGAUCCAAGACCCCCAUUCUUCGUUUGCCGUGCGCCUUGUCGCUUUUGCCGCCGUCGAGGGCAUUUUCUUUUCGAGCUCGUUUGCUGCCAUUUUCUGGCUCAAGAAACGUGGUCUUAUGCCGGGUUUGGCCACCUCCAAUGAAUUCAUCAGUCGAGAUGAAGGCCUUCACACCGACUUUGCUUGUCUGCUUUUUGGGCACUUGCAGUCUCGGCCUCCUCCUUCCGUCAUCCAGACUAUCAUCACAGAUGCUGUAGAUGUCGAAAAAGCUUUUCUUGCCGACGCCUUAGCCAACCGACUCUUGGGAAUGAACGAAAAGUUGAUGAGCCGCUACGUCGAAUUUGUCGCUGACCGCCUCCUUGUCGCCCUCGGCAAUGAAAAGGUCUACUGCGUCCCCAACCCCUUUGACUUUAUGGAUAUGAUUUCUAUGGAAGGCAAAACGAAUUUUUUCGAGCGACACGUGUCUGACUAUUCCAAUGCGGCGCGCGCACUUCGUCCAGUGUUCCUGUUACUAAGGCAAAGUUCUGAUGGCCCCAACGCGCCCGCCCGCACACUCCUUCCCCGCACACAGGCCACCGCCCAGCCACGCGCUGAAGCGCCUCCCGCCAGCACAUGGCGUCCGCCCCCACACACCCCUCCCCACACACCGCCUUCCGCCCUCGGCACUUCUCUCUCCCCCAAACACACAUACCACCACCGCGCACUUUAUUUUCCUUAG